AUGGGAACCGUGGCCAUCAUGUUGUACAUCUAUGAACCCAAACAACCCAAAAUCAUUGUGACCAAUGCCUCUCUCACACAUUUCAAUUUCACCAACACCAGCAACGCACUCUGCUACAACCUCACACUCAACGUCGCCAUCCCUAACAAAUGGGUUGGCAUACACUACUGUGCCAUCCAAGUCAUUGCCAACUAUAGAAAGAAGACAUUUGCUUUGGUAAAUUUGGCUUCGCCACCAUUUUACCAAGGCCACAAGAACACCACCAUUUUGCAGCAUUUUAACUCGGAGACUGCUGCAGGGGUUUACAGUAUUGAUGUGAAGCUUGCUCUUAGAGUGAGAGCAAGGUACGCCACAUACACAUUGGGCGAUUAUGAGUCUGACAAGAUCAAUUGCAAGCUGAAGAUAUGGAAAGAUGGGGAGUUUAAAGCAGAAGUGAUUGGGGGACAUAAAGGCUGGCUUGUACUUGAUGAAGUGAGAGAAGUGAUCCAAAAAGUUGUGUGA